AUGGGUUCCGUUCUGCUGCUGAAGUCCAGGUUCAGGUCGCAGCCGUGUGACGUCAUCACCUCUGAUAUUCUGCACAGUUGUCUGUACGGCAGGUGGAGGAAUGUUCUCGGAGAGCAUCUGUGUGAAGACAAGCACCAUCACAGCAGCAGCUCGAGUCCCAAAACCGCCUUCACGGCUGAAGUUCUGGCGCAGUCUUUCACUUCUCCAUUAUCAGGUAUUUCAGGAAAUGUUCAGAAGCUGUCUAGUCUGGUUCUGCCCAGUGAGGUCAUCAUCGCCCAGAGUUCAGUCCCUGGAGAAGGUUUGGGGAUUUUCUCCAAAACCUGGAUCAAAGCCGGCACUGAGAUGGGCCCGUUCGCUGGGAGGGUCAUCUCCCCCGAACAUGUGGACCUGUGCAAGAACAAUAACCUCAUGUGGGAGGUGUUUAAUGAGGAUGGCACAGUCCGGUGCUUCAUUGAUGCCAGUCAGGAGGACCAGCGGAGUUGGAUGACGUACAUUAAAUGUGCCCGAAAUGAACAGGAGCAAAACCUGGAGGUGGUUCAGAUCGGCAACAGCGUCUUCUACAAAGCUCUCGAGGCUGUUCCGCCGGAUCAGGAGCUGCUUGUUUGGUACGGAAAUUCCCACAAUACCUUCCUCGGUAUUCCCGGUGUUCCAGGUACAGACGAUGAGCACCAGAAGAAAAGAAACGAUGAUUCAUGUGUGUGUGAUGCCCCACCUUCAUCACUGGCCUCCUCUUCCUCGUCAUCAACCGGAAGUCGCAUGCGCUGCGUCAUCUGUCACCGCGGCUUCAAUUCCCGCAGUAACCUGCGCUCACACAUGCGCAUUCACACCCAGGACAAGCCGUUCGUCUGCCGCUUCUGUAACCGUCGCUUCAGCCAGUCCUCCACGCUCCGAAACCACAUCCGCCUGCACACCGGCGAACGGCCCUACAAAUGCCAGGUCUGCCAGAGCGCGUACUCGCAGCUGGCAGGCCUGCGGGCGCACCAGAAGAGUGCCAGACACAGACCGAGCAGCUCAAACUUUGAAGCUGUGCAGCCUUCGCCUCCACCGACACAAAAGCCAGCCGCCUCUCAUCACACACUGCUGCAUCAUAUUCCCACCAUGCUGCUCUGA